GGGGCGAGACUCAGGCGCGGUGCGUCCGAGGAGGCAGCUGGAGUCAUGGCGGAAGCGGCGGCGGAGAAAGCUUACUACAGGUUCCUGGUACUUUUCUUCAAUUGCCUCCUGACCUUUGGCUCCUACUUCUGCUUCGAUAUCCCCAGUGUCUUGCAAGACCAGUUCCAAGGGAACCUGACCUGUCUGAAUGGGACACACCCGAAUGGAACAGAGCAGAACGGGACAGCCGGCUGUGUGGAAGGCCUGGGCAUGACCCCUGAAGAAUACAACCUCCUGUACGCCAUCUAUGCCUGGACCAAUGCGUUGGUGGUGAUCGUUGCUGGCUUCUUGAUCGACAAACUGGGAAAUCGCUUUGGUGUCUUCGUCUUCUCUUUCCUCACCGUGCUGGGAUCAUCCGUUUUUGCCCUGGGCUCUCACUUUAAAGGAACGCCAUACCUUUUGCCGCUGAUGCUGACGGGCAGGUUGCUUUUUGGCUCUGGAAACGGGUCGCUCACCAUUGUGCAGAAUCGCAUCACCGCCUUCUGGUUCAAGGGGAAAGAGCUGGCUUUGGCCUUUGGGCUGACCCUCUCCUUCUCCCGCCUUGGAAGCGUCCUCAACUUCUUCUUCACCCAGCAGUUCGAAAGCCACUUUGGGGUCCAGUGGACUCUCUGGGGAGGGACCUUUCUCUGUGCGCUGGGCUUUCUUUCGGCCGUCACGGUCAGCGUGCUGGACAGAGUUGGCAUGAAGCAGCUCGGCUUGGAUGGCGUUAUCCAGCAGGAGUCCAAGAAAGUGCGGGUUCAGGAUGUCCGGCAUUUGCCUCUUCGCUACUGGCUUCUGGUUCUCACCAUCAUGUUCUUCUACAACGGAGUCUUCCCCUUUGUAGCAGAUGCAAGGGUCAAAAUGGCUCAGGUAGUCGCAGACAGGGAGCAUGUAGGAAACCGAAGUCCUGAUGACUUUUUGGAGGACUAUGUCGGUCUGCGAGGUGUGUUUGCUGUUGGCUGUGCGGUUCUGACUCUGCCCGUCUUUGCUCUCCUGGCCUUCACCUUUGUCCCCCCGCUUGUCUCCACCGUCUGGUUGGGUAUCACUUACUCCUUCGCAGCAGCUAGCAUGUGGCCCUCCAUUCCACUCGUGGUCCCCCAGGCAACCUUGGGAACAGCCAUGGGGCUUGCAACCUCCAUACAGAUGAUCGGCAUCGGCCUCUCCAAUGUGAUUGUUGGACGGAUUCUGGGGACGAAGUCCAGUGAAUUAAAGAUCCCGCUCUGGCGCUGGCAACAAAUGAUGGUCUUCAUGCUAGCGAACACCAUCGCUUGCAUCGUCACCUCCAUCGGACUCAACAUAGUGGACAAGAAGCAGGGAGGAACGUUGAACCGUACGACAAAACGCUCGUUGCCAGAGCCGCUGGCCAGGCAGCCUGGGGAUACAGCCCCGCUCCUCAACGAGGGAGAAGAGGAAGGAUCCAUCAACUAGAAGCACAGACUGCAAAAGCACCAGUAGUCCACCAUCUUUUAAACCCCCCACCCCAUCGCUUUCAGAUAUUUUGUAAGGGAAACUCAGUGAACCAGGUACCUAAGAGACAGGAAUUCAUGUCAACUGAUCUUAUGGUAGAGACGGAGAAUGACUUUCAGCCUGUGUUAUGGAAGGGUCUAGAAACUGAGCGUCAGGGCUAUUUUGGGGCAGGAACGCACAGGAACGGAGUUCCGGCUGGCUUCCAAGUUGGCC